CAGGAAAGGAACAAUGGCAGCAAUAUGCUCCCUCUUCAUCAUCUUGGUUCUGUGUACAGUUACCAUCCCCCCAGCAAGCAGCCUCAGUGAAUGCCACCGGGCUGAAAAGCCUCCAUUUUUCUUCAUAUUUGGUGACUCUUUCUUAGAUUCCGGCAACAACAAUUACAUCAACACCACCACACUUGAUCAAUCAAAUUUUUGGCCGUACGGAGAAACCUACUUUAGGUUUCCUACUGGAAGAUUUUCAGACGGCCGUUUGGUCUCAGAUUUCAUCGCGGAGUAUGCAAAACUGCCGUUGAUUCCUCCGUUCCUGCAGCCGGGGCUUCAUCGGUAUAACAAUGGAGUGAACUUUGCGUCCGCCGGAGCGGGGGCUUUGGUUGAGACUUUUCAAGGAGCGGUAAUCAAUCUUCAGACACAACUGAGGUACUACAAGAAAUUAGUGGCUCGGUUGAGUAAAGGGUUAGGUAAUGCUCAAGCCAAGAUGACCAUAUCAGGAGCUGUCUACUUGUUUAGCAUUGGAACAAACGAUUACGUUAGCCCUUUCGUGACCAAUUCAACAAUACUAAAAUCCUUUUCUAACUCGGAAUACAUAGGAAUGGUUAUUGGCAACGUCACAUCUGCAAUCAAAGAGAUAUAUAGGAGUGGAGGCAGAAAAUUUGGGUUCCUCAACUUGGGUUCAUUGGGUUGUUCUCCAGGACUGAGAAUACUGAAACCACAGAACAAAGGUGGCUGCCUAGAGGAAGCUUCGGUGCUUGCAGAACUACAUAAUAAAGCUUUAUCUAAACUGCUCUUGAAAAUGGAAAUGCAGUUACAUGGUUUCAAGUACUCACUCUACGACUUCAACAAUAAUCUUAGACAAAGGAUGAAUCACCCCUCAAAAUUUGGUUUCAAAGAAGGAAAAAUAGCAUGCUGUGGGACAGGAGACUUUAGAGGGAUAUUCAGCUGUGGAGGCAAAAGGCCAGUGACGGAGUUUCAACUCUGUGAUAAUCCAAAAGAGCAUGUCUUUUGGGACUCUUAUCAUCUCACUGAAAGAGUUUACAAACAAAUGGCAGAUCAAAUGUGGGCAGAGAACAGCAAAGGACCUUACAAUCUCAAGACUCUAUUCCAGUGCCACUAA